AUGAGCAAUAAUUCCAAUCACGCUUUAUAUUCAAAUUAUCCCGUUGAUGCACAUAUUACAAUACAUUAUCAAAAUAUUGAGAACAAUAAUACAAGUAUUAAUGAUACUACAGACGAAGAUGAUAAAAAUAAUGAAUCAGAGCCUUCAAUAUCGUCUUUGACAUCUUCACCUUCUACUCCAACAAUGCAUCCCAUGUCUGUAUCUCCAUCUUUGCAUAUUAUUGAAACAGUACUAAACAUCUCGAAUCAAAAUACCAACAACAGUAAUCAUAAUUAUAAUCAUAAUCAUAACCAUGAUUAUAUUCCAAAAACAAAAAUAUAUCCAAAUUUAACAGAUUUGGGACAAUGUCGGAAUAUGGCAGACACGAUACAGUUUAAAUCUAAUUUUACUGAUGCUACUGCUGGUAUUGAUACCCAUAACCUUAUGGCCACACCGUUGGUUAGAAGAUUUACUGAGCCAAUAUAUAUGGAUAGAAAUAUGAUUGAUAGUCUUACAGAAUCGGAUAUUAAUAGUACUAAUGAUCAGAGUUAUCAUCCAGAUAUUCCAUGUACAAGGCAUCAUCAUAGGAGAAAUACAAUAGCUAUAAAAUUUAACAAACCAUUAUAUAAGCAAUGUUUGACAAAUAAAUAA